AUGGCUGUCGACGGAAGAGAGCUAUGGUGGACGCACGAUGGAAGAUGGGAAGAGGGAAGAGGGAAGACGGACAGGGUGCAUAUAUCACACGUUCCUCAUUGUGCAAAUGUUCUUCAUAUGACUUCAAUAGCUGCCACCUCAGAGGGGGUCGUGAGGGUGAACCGGAGGACUAAAGCAUCUUUCUUGUUGCUGUAUUGUGCAGUCACUGAACUCGUGGAGGGUGAUUCGUCUAGGAAAAUAGUUGAAAUAAUUUGCCGGACAAGCUGGCUAAAGUCUGAGAACCAUUGUGGUCGAAUUGAGAGGGUUUUGAAAGUUCACAACAUGCAAAAGACUCUUGCUCGGUUUGAAGAAUAUAGGGAAGUUGUGAAAAUCAAAGCUAGCAAACUUCCCAAGAAACACUCUCGGUGCAUUGCAGAUGGGAAUGAGCUUUUAAGGUUCUAUGGCACAAUUGUGGCGUGCUCACUCGGCAUGAAUGGAUCAUCCACUCUCUGUGUAUCUGAAAAAUGCUGCGUUUGUAGAAUUAUAAGAAAUGGGUUCUCCACCAGAAAGGAACUUAAGGGUGGUGUCGGUGUUUUCACAACCUCUACUAGUGGAAGAGCUUUUGAAUCUAUAGAAAUUUUUGAAGAUAAUCCAUCUGUAAGGAAAGCUUUAAUAGUCUGCAGAGUUAUUGCAGGAAGGGUUCAUAGGCCACUGGAGAACAUACAAGAAAUGGCUGGGCAGUCAGGGUUUGAUUCAUUGGCUGGGAAAGUGGGUCUUUAUUCAAAUAUUGAGGAGCUUUAUUUGCUGAAUCCUAAAGCUCUCCUUCCUUGCUUUGUGGUAAUCUGCAAACCCUAAAGAACAUAUAGGAAAAAAAAUGCUUGGUUACUUCAAUUUAUGAAGGUUGUUUGAAUCAAUUUUUUUUUUU